UAUUUGAAUCGGGAGAGAACCAACGAUUCUCCCACAGAAUUACACCCACUUUUGCAACGCCAACGCAGGCAAAAAUUGUUAUCAAGAUGUCAAAAGUGACAGAUAUCAGCUGACAUGUAGGGUUAAGAUCCACAAGGUUCACGACCAAGGCCUUAGCAACUUCUAAGUCGCACUUCGCACAACAAAAAUGGUUGUUACAGGAUUUUAAUUAGCAGUAGUUGCAAACGUUACUUCAGGAUGCAAAACGUUAUUAAUAGCGUUAAGGGAACCGCAUUAGGGGUUGCGGAAUACUUAACCCCAAUUUUAAAAGAAUCGAAGUUUCGAGAAACCGGCGUGCUUACACCCGAAGAGUUUGUGGUAGCAGGUGAUCAUUUAGUUCAUCAUUGUCCGACAUGGCAGUGGGCCUCGGGGGAUGAAUCAAAGUUAAAGCCGUACCUUCCGAAAGAGAAGCAAUUUCUUAUUACCCGCAAUGUACCGUGUUCGCGAAGAUGCGAACAAAUGGAAUACUCCAAAGAUCUAGAGUGCAUUAUCGAAUCUGACGACGCCGAUAACGGUUGGGUCGAUACGCAUCACUAUGAUACUUCAUCAACUGGGCUCGAAGACAAAAUUACGGACAUGUCUUUGGAUAAUGCAAAGGCCGAGAGUAUGGAGGAUGCCUUGAAUGACGACAGUGAUAACGAUGGAGAUGAUGAUAAUGAAGAGGCGGCCGACAUGGAAGAGUUCGAAGAGAGUGGAAUGUUGGAUAACGGUGAGGCGACCGUUGUACAGCCCUCCUUGGAGAAGCGUUGCGAUGAAUCGGAAGAUGGGGAAAUUAUACAUACUCGUACUUACGACUUGCAUAUAACUUACGAUAAAUAUUAUCAAACACCUCGACUGUGGCUCACAGGUUACGAUGAGAACCAUAAACCUCUGACUGUGGAGCAAGUUUAUCAGGAUGUUAGCAAAGAUUAUGCUAUGAAAACUGUAACGAUGGAAGUUCAUCCUCAUUUAAGUGUCCCUCGAAUGGCAUCUGUACAUCCUUGUCGGCACGCUGAAGUUAUGAAGAGCAUCAUAGAGACGGUUACAGAAGGAGGUGGAGAAUUAGGAGUACACAUGUAUUUAAUUAUAUUUUUAAAAUUUAUGCAGUCUGUAAUGCCAACAAUAGAAUACGAUUAUACUCAAAACUUUACUAUGUAACCGAGGCUAGUAAUAGUACAGUGAAAAACGCAUGUUCUAUUUUGUUAUGUGUUAAAAUUUAUUUUCGUAAAAAGCUUAUAAUUAUUGUAUUUACAAUAAAUAAAUUACGCUAAUCUCAUAAAAUUAAAA